UGGUCUGCUCCUCCAACCUCACCAACACCUCGUGGGCGUUCGCGACCCUGGCGUUCCGCAGCGCUCCGCUGUUUGCCGCCAUCGCUGCGCCGUCGAUCGCUGCGCUCGGCGGCGCUGCCGCCGCGGGCCGGUGGCCGCCUCGGGCCUUGGCGAGCACCGCGUGGGCCUUCGCGACGCGGCGCGUCGCGGACGCCCCGCUCUUCGGUGCCCUGUCCGGGGCGGCGAUCCGCAGCAUCGGCGAGUUCGACGAGCAGAGCUUGUCCAACACGGCCUGGUCUUGCGCAGCGCUGGCGGUGGAGGACAGGCCGCUCCUGCGCGCGCUUGCGCUGCCCUCCACGUCGCUCGUCAGGGAGUUCAAGGCGCAGGGCGUCGUGAACACCGCGUGGGCAUACGCGGUAAUCCAGAGGCGCCUCGAGGGGCGAGCGGCCGAGCGCGGCUGGCGGGGCCGGGCGGAGCCCGCGGGAGCGCGGCGAGCAGAGAGGUGCGAUUAG